AUGGUUUAAUAUAGAAUUCCCCAUACAACAAAAACUUUUUGUAAACUCUUAGAUUAUAUAAAAAAGCAAAUGAUAAAGUUAAUAACGGUUAACAAAAUUCAAUAAUUUUAAAAUCUAACAUCUAUCAUCCUUCUCUUAUUUAAACAAUUCAUAUAAAUAAAAAUUGCUCACACAUUAAUAAAUAAAUUAACCAUAACAAUAAAUUUCCUCAAUAUUUUAAAUACCAAAAUUAUUAAACAAGUUAGGGAAUAAUUGUUUUAUGUUAUUUUUUAUAUAUAUUUAGGAAUGUAAUUAUAUAAAUGCUUUAUAGUAUUAAGUAAUUUAGAAAAUAUAUCUUAGAUUUACCUUUUAAAUAACUUAAGACUGAUUCUAUUAUUUUUUGUUUAUAAAAAUUAUUUCAAGUGUUAAGAUUCUCAAAAUAAAUCACUUUAAAUCCUUUUUAAUUUUAUCAUGCAUUUUGUAGAAAUAUUAAAUAAUUAUUUUUAAAAAUGAAAAAUAUCUAAUUUUAGGUUGGUAGAUAGGAAGAUGCUCACGAAUUUUUAUUUUGUUCAUUCUAAACUUUAGUACAUGAAUGUAAAAGCUAAUCAUCUAAGAAUAAUUUUUUGACGAUAUUAAAAACUUUUUUGAAGACCUUUUUCUAGGAAAUGAUAUAAUUUUAGAAUUGA